GUCCUUUCUCUUGGGUUUUGGACACGAGGUUGUUGUCACGGGAUCAAAAGCUAACGCUUUGUAAAGCAUCGACAUGAUAGUAACCUGGAUCGAUUCACUCGUGAGUAUUCCUUUCGAGUGCAUUUCGCCGAAGAAGAAUACAAGAACCUUUCGUCCACACUCCGCGAACGACUCGUGCAGGCCAUCUCGAGCAAACGGGCCCGUCUGAUGCGCGAGAAAGAGCAGUUGGACAUCGCCGAUACCAACGCUCUUCUAUUACACCCCAACCAAUUCAGCAUCACCAACCCUGCCAGCCCCGGCGGGAUCCACGGGAACCGGAAGACCCGUCACACUCGUCACCGAGUCGAUCUGGAUGAGUUGGGCAAUGGCAUUAUAUCUGAGAUCAACAAGAGAAAGCGCAAGGCCCCGGAGGAGGACGUCGGGUCGCCUGUGCGGGAGGGCGCCGGAGCAGCAGGGACCGCGGCGGCGGCAACGUCAGCGUCUCUCCCGGCCGAGCGCGCCAAGGCGCAGCUGGCCCAACAGCAGCAGGCGCCUCUGUAUUCGAUUAAUUCCCUGUUUACUGAAAAAGAGCUCAGUGCUCAUGCCAACCAAGCCCACGUUGCCACCGUUCAUUUCUUCUCGACCUCCAAGCGCGGUGGCGACCAACCGUCCGGCACGGCGACGAACGGCAACAAUACCGAUACGGAGGAUGCCUCCGGGGUGGACGGGACUGGCGCGGAAGACAACGGUACUCCGGCGACCGAUAUGGCUCGCACGGCCAGUCAGAACUACCACGCGACGCGCUCCACGCGCGGACAUGGCAACCAUGCGCUCAAUGCGCUUGCCGAGUUGUCGGACAAGCCGGCCGUCCGUCCGAACCUGCCGUACAACAUCCUGGCCAACUACCACGCGCGACCCAGCAACAACGGCGCGCCGCCACUGCCCCCGUUGAUGAACGAAGAAGUCGACGACGACUGGGCUCGCCUGCAGCGGUUGAACACCAAACCGUCGGGAUACUUUGACAAGAAUCUGGUGCAGUUGCUCGUGGAGCCCCUUCCCGCCGAGACGGACGGCGUCCCGACCAACCCGAACCGAUUCAGCCUGCUGCAUCCGGACUUCCCCGUCGAUAUGGGCAUGCACUUGUAUCCCCUCAAAGGCAGCGACGACAAUUACGGACAAGAGCGGACGAAAAAGGCACGAACGGGGUGAUUUAUUCCGCAUGUUGCGGGUUUAUACGGAUUGAACGGGAUGCAAUUGAUCAUUAUCGGGCGUUUAUCUUUCUGAUCUCUCAUAUCUUUCUUAUCAUUUUUUUUUUCUGUUCUCUUAUGGCGUGCAAGGACAUGGCGCGAGGAUGUACUGUCCGAACAGUGCAAGUACAAGUUACACGUACAGCGAAGGGAAAUAGGUUAAAUACCAGUGGCGUUUAAGUUGGCUGCUGGCUAGUUGGUCGGCCUACUUGAG